AUGUUCGGCAGCAAAGGUGCUGUUAUAGAAAAAGUCAAGAGAGGCAGUAUAGCUGAUGUCGAUGGACAGUUAAGACCAGGUGAUGAAGUUAUUGAAUGGAAUGGUAGGUUGCUACAAGGAAAAUCCUAUCAAGAAGUAGCGGACAUUAUAGCAGAAAGUAAACAAGAAGCGAAUGUCGAAUUAAUCGUGAGCAGAUUCAUGAGUAGUAGAAGAAUGGCUCAAGCUAGUUGGAGACAAUCUGUUGCUCAGAGAGGUCAAACAAAUAUUUCCUGGCCCGAAUCAGAAAUCUAUGAACGUCCUCACGUUCUUGUUACGUCACCGGGUAGUCCAGAUAGACAGGAAGCAGCGCCAUCUUUGCAAGGUCCAACUAGCGUAGGAGGUCGCGUUCAAGUGAGGCUUGGGUUCGAUCCUACUACGUUACAACUUCUAGUAACAAUUAUGUGCGCCACUGGCUUGACACCCAGAGCCGGUCAGCAUCCAAGAAAUCCGUAUUGCAAGCUUUUCCUUCUACCAGAUCGAUCCGAAAAAAGCAAACGACGUACCAGAACAUUAGCAAGUACAACAGAACCUAUGUGGAAUCAAACGUUUGUCUACUCAGGUCUUAGAAGGGCAGAUCUAAGAGUUCGGGCGUUAGAAAUAACUGUUUGGGACUAUGUAAGAUACGGGGCAAACGAUUUUUUAGGAGAAGCAAUUGUGGAACUGUGGCCCUUAGAUGAACAAGCUGCAUGGAGAACUUUAGGACCUCACGAAGAGGUUGCUCUGACGCCCAGUGAACAUCUAUCACCUCCAAGCACAGGCAGUCGAUUUUCUGACAGCGAUACACCGUCAGAGUGUGAAAUCGAGGGUGGCAGAGAACGCCGAGGUGCCGACGGUGCUAGUGUAAGCAGCGUGGGCAGCUCGUCCAGUCCUCCAAGGGAAUCAGAGAGAAAGUCUAGAAGAGAUCAGGAAUCAAUGCAAUCGUACAAUCAAAAAUACAAAAGG